AUGGCGCCCCAUAUCGGAACCGAAGAGUUCUUCGAGGCUCUCACCAAUCUUCUAUCUACGACUACCCAAAAGGCGCACGGGUCUGUCUCCCUGACGCAAAAACCUCUUGUCGAUCCUGUUACAAACGGCCCGCCUUCGAUUCUUAUCCGUGCGUCCGACGGAAACACCAGCGCUCCUAGGGUCAAGAAAGAUGGGAAGAUCGUCAAAGGCAGCAAUCCGAAAGUGACCAGAGUCAAGUUCUCUACCGUGGUUCCCGCCGAUGGAAUCGAAGCUUUCUACACUCGGUAUGCGGAGGUGUGCAAGGCCGGUAUGACGGGUAUGAAGAAGCGGGAUCGCAAGCGCAAGGCGAAGGGCAAGGGCGGUGCGAAGGCUGCGAAGGCUUAG